AUGGCUGGCCCAAUGACAACCGCUGCCUCGUACAACUCUGGCCAUGCAAAGGCGCUGCUCGAAUCCCUCCUCGUCAGCGGCACCACGCCUUCGUCGGCCACUCACAGCACCGCCAGCAGCAGCAGCCAUACCACCAGCAACAACAACAACAGCAACAACAACGGUGGCGGCGGUAGCGCCCGAUCCACCUCGCUCACCACCAGCAGCGCCGCACCCUCAUCGUCCUCGGUCUCGAUCUUGCCUAACCCCCUCUCGUCGUCGGCCGCAUCGUCGUCCAACACGAGCGCUAGCGUAAACGGUCAGCUGCACCUCACGCCCACCUUUCGCCCGCAUAAGCCCUCGUCGCUCUCGUCCUCGGCGUCCGCGUCGGCUUCGGAAGAGGACAGCGGCGGCCGCGCCGCUCGCCGUGCCCUCGAUGGAAACGCAGGCGCCGCUUACGGUGUCGACGGCGACGACGACCAGGACGACGACGACGAUGAAGGCGACGACGACAGCGAGAUGGCCACCUCGCCCCCCUUUUCAGCCUCGUUCAAGGCGGCGCAGCUAUCGAUGCAGGCGCUCCACAAUCACCAUCGAGCACCCCCCGCCGCCGCCGCCGCCGCUGCCGCCAUCGCACCGUCCGCCCCGAUGUCGCAUGGACCCACGCCCCAGGCCCAGGUCGCCGAGAUCCUCGCGCUGCUCAACGACACUCGCCUCGACGAAGAGGAGCGCAUCGACCGCGUCCGCUCCGCGCUCACCACGUCCCUCUUUAGCAGGGAGGGCGUCGUCUCGACCCCCUCCCGCCUCGACAGCCUCGUCCUCGAGCUCCUCCACCGCCACCGCGAGGAUGUCAACCCGACCGGCGCCUCGUUUGCCCCGCCGCUGUCGGCAGCAUCGCCCGCCCGAAGGCCGGCCAGCAUCCGUUCGUUUUCAUCCUCGAGGCCCUGGACGCCCUCGAAGCCAUCGUUCGUCUCGACCCACUCUAACCCCGGCCCACCAGGCUUCGAGGGCGGCAUGAGCAGCAGCACCAGCAGCAGCGGCGCCGGCUUCCCGCACCAGGCCACCUCGCCCCUCAUGACGAGCGUCGGCAUCCCCCCACCGACCGCGCUUUCGGCUUCUGGCAGCCCCAAGCCGCACCCUGGCGUCAUCGGCUCCGGUUCGCCGCGCGCCUCUCCUCGGCCCUGGAAUCGGACCCUCUCCAACCUGUCGACCACGAGCGUGUCGUCGUCGCUCGGCGGCGAGACCAGCGUCGGCUCGCCCAUCUCGUCGGUCCCGCCUGGCCUCAGCGCCGCUAGCACCAGCCGCCCGGCCUCGCCGUCGCCGUUUGGCUCGCCGCGCCUAAACGUGGCCGCCACCGAGUUCCGGCCCAAGGGGACGCCCACCGCCAGCUUCGGCUCGGGCGCGGCUCUGACGCCAACGCGGCCAGCGCCCUGGCUGACGCGGCGGCCCAGCUCCAACGCCAGCAGCACUAAUCUCGCGCUGGCCAACAAGAGCCACGCCGGCGCCGGUGACGACGACGACGACGAGUUUUCGCCAUUCGGCUCCACCAAGCCGGUACCGUGGUCCUCGUCGCAGGCCCAAUACGGCGUUGCGGACACCGGUGAUAGCAACUGGUACAGCAGCGGCGCCAGCACGACGUCGUCCAACGGCGGCUGGGAGCCCGGGCCCGGGACUGUGCCCGCGUCAACGACCGGCAGCGGCGGCGGCGGCGGUUUCGCCCGCUCUGGCGUGCCUGGACACCCGGAAGGUGACGACGAGGCGGCCGGUUUUGGCGCCGCUGGCAUGACACCCUUCGACCUGCUCUACUCGAUCCUCGUCACCGGAACCAAGCAUGGCAUGGCCGAGUGGAGUCCGGAGCAGGUCGACGAAGCGCUCAUGGCCAACGGCUACGACUUUGAGAGGACGCUCGCCGCCAUUUCCGAGAAUGGCGGCAAGCCCCUCGGAGACGGCUCGCAGUCGAUCCUGUCGGGCCCACUCCGGGCCCGGCGGGCAGGCCAAGCCGUGGGCCCCGCCGCCGGCUCACCCCGAGUCGAGCAUGCCACCGGCGCCCCUGGUGCUGCUGCUGCUGGGCCGGCCGCCGUGACGCCAAACAUUCGCGCCGGCGUCAACGUCCUGACCCGCGAGGCGUUCUCGUCGAUGCACCGGAAUGGCAGCGGCUUUGGCGCUAGUGCCGCGAGAUUCGGCGCAGCUGCUCGAGGACUCAGCGCGAGCCCCGCAGCGGCGUCUGCAUCGUCACCGAGGAGCCCUGGCCUGGCGCCCGCAGGUCUCGCAGGUGCUCUGCACGGCGCCAAGGUCUGUCGCUACUUUAUCGCUGGCGAGUGCCGCCGUAGCGACUGCAAGUUCUCCCACGACCUCGGUCGCGCCGUCUGCCGCUACUGGCUCAAGGGACAGUGCGCGCACAACCCGUGCAACUUCCUGCACGACUACGACGCGCUCAACGCGCUCGCCGUUGGCAUCACCGGGGUCCAGGUCGAUCCGUCCGCCGCCGAGGGCGGUGCUGCGGCUCCGGAUCAGGCGCCGCAGAGCAAGCCGGCCAACGACGACUUUCCCGAGCUCGGCUUGGGUGCGGCUGCAGGCGGGGCCAAGGCGGCCGCCUCCCGCGGCCGGUGGUCGGCAGCGCUGCAGCGGAGCAACAACCCGAACCCGCUCACCCUCGCGCAAAAGGAGGGCCAAGGCGUCAUCCACCUGCACGGUCGGGGCAACCUUGCCAGGCCUGCUGCCGACGCGGGCGGGAGCGGGCGCCGGCUCACAGAGGGCCAACAGCUCGGGCGGAGGCCCGCGGGGAUCUGCGCGCGUGGCGCUGCGUGCACCGCUGCUGCUGCCCAGAUUGUCGCCGCCCUGUCGUACGCCACGCACCGGGGCGACUCGCUGGCGCUGGCCGAGCAGCGCAACAAGCUGCUGGCGCGCGCCUCGGACGCGUUCAGGCGCGGCGACUUUGCGGCGGCCAAGAAGUGGAGCCGCGAGGCGGCCGAGAUGAACGAGCGCUUCCAGGACCAGUCUCGCGGUGCGGCCCGCGACAUCCUGCGCGAGCGGAUGAAUGCGCUGCGCACCCGGCUCACCGACCCCGUCGAGGCCGGCCCGAGCGUCACGGCCAACCAGAGCGACGAGCCGGGUGCGCGCGGCAUGCGGGGCAAGGUCGUGGGCAACGGCCUCGGCGUCUGCCUCGGCGUGGUGAAGCCGGCCGCGCUGCAGGCGUCGAUGCCCUCGGCGAUGGCGUCCCACCUUUCGGUCGACGAGCGGACCGAGUGCUUCCUCGACCUCCACGGCCUGCACUCGCAGGAGGCGGUCGAGCUGGUAGAAGAGUUCCUGCUCGGGCUCGAGUCCGAGGGACUGCAGGGGCUCGCCUACCUCGCCAUCGGCCGCGAGAGGCACAGCAGCAAGGAGACCGACAAGCGUCGCGUCAAGGUGGCCGGCUUUGUCAAGCAAUUCCUCAGCGGCUACAGCUAUCCCUUUGCCGAGUGGGACGGCGUCCUCGUCGUCGACCACUGCACUCACGUCUAG